GUUUUAGUUAAUUCACGAAUCUUAGGUUGCGCUUUCUUUGUUUAUUUACACGUUAACCAAAAUGAAUUUGAUUCAUUUAUCUUUGAUAUUUCUUCAAACUUAAUGGAUAAAAAUAACAAUGAAAAUAAAGAUACUGAAGAUUAUGUCUAUAUCAAACCAAAAGAAAACUCAUUAAAUAUAACAAGCACUAUCUUGAACACUAUCUUAAACAUCAAUGAAUGUGCGCCGAGUUUAAAAGAUUGGAAAGUUAACAACAAUGGCGAAUACUCGAUGGAAGUUCAAACGUUUUUAAAAACGACUUGCGACUCAGAAAAAGUUGAAUGUGAAACAUCAACCCUUGUUGGUCCUUUGCUCGUUGAGAAAGAAGUAAUGAGUUUAGAAUGGUUAAAAGCUAACGACCUAAACUUUGUACAACCUGGUGGUUGGUGGACUCCCACAGAUUGUCUAAGUCGCAAUCAAGUAGCAAUAAUAAUUCCUUUUCGGCAGCGUGAAGAACAUUUGACUAUAUUGUUAAGACAACUUAUUCCUAUCCUUAAGAGACAAAAUCUGCAUUACCGUGUGUUUGUAAUUGAACAAAAUGAUGAUAAUAACUUUAAUCGAGGCAAACUUAUGAAUGUUGGUUAUCAAGAGGCUUUAAGCUAUUUUCCAUACAACUGUUUUGUUUUCCAUGAUGUUGAUUUAAUUCCUGAAAACGAUCGAAUAGAUUACGGUUGCAAAUCGUCUCCAGCUCAUUUAUCGGUUGCUGUUGAUAAAUUUCGAUACCAAUUACCUUACGACAACAUAUUUGGAGGGGUUGGAAUGUUAAAUAAAGAUCACUUUAAACAAAUAAACGGGUUUUCAAACAUAUUUUGGUUUUGGGGAGGUGAAGACGACAACUUAUCUUUUAGAUUAAAAAAAAAUGGAUUAGAAAUCCACAGACAAUCAUUAGAGACAGCAAGGUACACAAUGAUCAAACACGUAGAAAGUACAGAAAUAAAAGAAGCGCAUGAAUUGAAAGUUUUUAUGCAGGAUAUCGAAAAGUAUGCAGAAAAAGAUGGGCUCAAUUCAUUAUACUACGAUGUUAAAUCAACAGAAAUCAACGAUUUAUUUACUCUUAUUAAAGUAGAUUUAAGAAAAGAUAAAGAUAUAACAUUUUGACCAUG